AUGGGUGACAUGAAGAGGUUCAUCGUGGCGGUCGCGGCGGUGUGUUUACUCGCAGCCACCGUGUCGGCAGCACCGGCGGGGGGAGAGGGGGAGAAAUUGUUGUUGAAGAAAGAUAUCGACGCCCACCGCCUUUCCCAGAAGGGAGGUGUUGCCAACAACCUUCUUGCAAAAGAUGGCGGUAACACCAAAGAGAGGACUCCACCUCUCAUGAGUGCCGACGUUACAACAGUCAUCAUUGUCACCUCCGCCGCCUUGGGCUUUUCAUUCGCCAUGUACUGGUGGUACGUUGUCUCUGAAAUCCGCAUUACACCGGGCAAGGACCAGGGCAUGCGCAACGCAUACCUGACAGAUGAGGUGAUGCGUAAUGUGUACGUGAUCAGCAGACGUGUGUCGGAGGGGGCCAACGCCUUUCUCUAUGCGGAGUAUCGUUACAUGGGGCUCUUUAUGAUUGCCUUUGGCACUCUCAUUUUCUUUCUUCUCGGCGUCGCCUACUCAUCGCCGCAGGAGGGCAGCAGGCCAGUGGCCUCACCGUGGGCCAACGCAGCGCUGUCGCUGCUCGCCUUUUUUGUUGGGUCUCUGACUUCCGUCUUUGCGGGCUGGAUCGGCAUGCGCAUUGCGGUGUACACCAACGCCCGCACGGCGGUUAUGGCGACGGAGGGGUCCGAGGAGGGCGACCAGUCGCUUGGGUUUGCCAAGGCUUUCCAGACGGCGUUUCGCGGCGGGAUUACGAUGGGGUUUGCGCUUACAUCGGCCGGCCUGUUUUCCCUUUUUGUCACGGUGAAGGUGAUUGGAGCGUAUUUUGAUGAUGCUCCGGAGAAUGUGCUGAACGUGUACGAGUGCGUGGCCGCGUUUGGUCUCGGUGGGUCGGCAGUUGCGUGCUUUGGCCGUGUUGGUGGUGGGAUUUACACCAAAGCCGCCGACGUUGGCGCGGAUCUUGUUGGGAAGGUGGAGAGGAACAUCCCCGAGGAUGACGCACGCAACCCAGGCGUGAUCGCGGACUGCAUAGGCGAUAACGUGGGCGACAUUGCGGGGAUGGGCUCGGAUCUCUUUGGCAGCUUUGGCGAGGCCUCGUGCGCGGCGCUUGUGAUUGCCGCCGGCUCCGCGGAGUUGUCGAGUGAAUUCACGUACAUGAUGUACCCGCUUCUCAUCACGGCGGUGGGCAUCCUUGUCUGCAUUGGCAGCGCUCUCAUCGUGGCCAACAACAGCGGUGUGCAGCGUGCGGAGGACGUGGAACCCACCCUGAAGCGCCAGCUGCUCUUCUCGACUGUUGCCGCGACGGUGGCGCUUGUGUUCCUGACGGACUUUGGUCUGCCGGAUACAUUUACAGUUGGUACAACAGCUACGACCAAAUGGCGUGCUCUUGUCUGCGUGAUGUGCGGUUUGUGGUCCGGCCUUAUUAUUGGGUACACGACGGAAUACUACACCUCCAACGCCUACCAUCCCGUGCAGGAGAUUGCAGAGGCAUGUGAGACGGGUGCCGCCACGAACAUCAUCUACGGCCUGUCUCUUGGCUACUUCUCUGUGGUGCCACCCAUUUUGGCGAUGGCCGUUACAAUUUUUGCCUCCUAUCGCAUGGCGGACCUGUAUGGCUUUGCCCUUGCCGCCCUCGGUAUUCUCUCCACCAUGUCCAUUGCCCUCACCAUUGACGCGUAUGGACCCAUCUCUGAUAACGCUGGCGGCAUUGCUGAGAUGGCGCACAUGGGACACGAAAUCCGCGAGAUCACAGACGCCCUUGAUGCCGCAGGUAACACUACAGCAGCCAUUGGGAAGGGCUUUGCCAUUGCAUCCGCUGCAUUUGUGGCACUUGCCCUUUACGCAGCCUAUGUGUCUCGUGUGGGCAUUCCUACCAUAAACAUCCUUGACGCCCGUGUGAUGUCUGGCCUGCUUGUUGGCGCAAUGUUGCCGUACUGCUUCUCGGCAUUCACAAUGAAGUCGGUUGGUUUGGCGGCAAUGGACAUGGUGAAUGAGAUCCGUCGCCAGUUCCAAAAUCCGGCUAUCGCGGAGGGCACGGAGGAGCCGGACUACGAGAGUUGCGUUGCCAUUGCCACGCAGGCGGCGUUGCAGCAGAUGGUGGCCCCCGCGUGUCUUGUCAUGCUGACGCCCAUUGUCGUUGGUGUGCUUUUUGGCCGCUACACCCUUGCGGGGCUGCUGCCUGGCGCCAUUGUGUCCGGCGUGCAGGUGGCCAUCUCCGCCUCCAACACCGGCGGGGCGUGGGACAACGCGAAGAAGUACAUUGAGAAGGGCGGACUGCGCGACAAAAACAAGGGAAAGGGCUCGCCGCAGCACGCCGCCGCUGUCAUUGGCGACACCGUUGGCGAUCCGCUGAAGGACACAUCCGGGCCCGCGCUGAACAUUCUGAUCAAACUGAUGGCCAUCAUUUCGGUUGUCUUUGCGCCUGUCUUUGAGUCGCAGCUUGGCGGUAUUAUCAUGCGGUACAUUGAGUGA